AUUGGCUCUCGCUACAUCAACUGUUUACCCCUGGAAAGUAACAUUUCGUUCGCAAUCUCUUUCAGUAUCACCUUAUAGAGCACUCCAGCAUCAAAAUGAUGGAUGUCGAGCAAGAAACAACAGUGAAUCUUAUAUCUAAAGACGGAGAUUCCUUUUCUGUCCCCCUUGCCGUCGCUAAGAUGUCGGAGCUUGUCAAGGGUAUGAUCGACGAGGAUGCUGAAGACGAAGGUGACAAAAUUGAAAUUCCGCUACCCAAUGUCAAGUCGCAAGUUUUGAACAAGGUAAUCGAAUUCUGCGAACACCAUCUACAGGAACCUAUGACGGAAAUUGAAAAGCCGCUCAAGUCUCAAGUCAUGGCCGAUGUGGUCCAAAAAUGGUAUGCCGAUUUUGUUGACGUGGAGCAAGUCUUACUUUUCGAGCUUAUUCUAGCGGCGAAUUACAUGGAUAUUAAACCUUUGCUGGAUCUGACGUGCGCGACUGUGGCUGGCAUGAUCAAAGGAAAGACGCCGGAAGACAUUCGUCAGACCUUUGGAAUUCAGAACGAUUUCUCACCGGAAGAAGAAGCCCAAGUGCGCGAGGAGAAUAAAUGGUGCGAAGAAGCCUAAGGAAGUCGUAUAGCUUCUACCUUUGUCCAU